AUGGUGCAGCGGCAGCAGGAGGCUGCUGUGCGCCAAGAGGAGCAGAUGAAAAGACUCCAAGAAACGGUGGAUCGGCUGGUGGCUGCACCAGCUGCGGCUCGUCGAGGACGGCCGGGAGUCGCGGCGGAGGUAGUUCCGUCGAGGUCGGGCGAUCCGACUCCGGAUACAGAUCCAUGGAUCGUAGAGAUGUGGAUUGAUUCCAUAGAAACGCUUUUCGAGGAUUUGUACACAUUGGAGCGGGACAAAGUAAACCUAGCCGUGCAUUAUCUGAAACAAUCGGCGAAGGUGUGGUGGAAAGGCGUCAAGCAAGAUCGAUCGCCUGGUCUCCCUCCUAUGACAUGGGAAGAGUUUCGGGGGUUGUUAUUCUUGGCUUACUUCCCCGACAGUGAAAAGCGAAAGCUUAAGGAAAGGUUCCAAAAGCUGCGGCAAGGAGAUCGCUCAGUUAGGCAGUACGAACGGGAAUUUUUCCGUAUCGUGCAUUGUGUUCCGAACGUGGUACGGGAUGACAGGGACAAGGCUGAUUGCUUUGUGCGUGGACUGCGGCCGAGCCUUUACAAGGCUGUGCUGGUACACAAGUUGCGGACUUUUGCCGAAGUCCUGGAUCGGGCCUUGUGGAUAGAGCAAGACGAGGCAUCUCUGCGGGAGGAGCGCGAGGCAUAUUACAAGGAAAAGGGGAAAGGACGACCGACAGGUGGAUCCAGUGGUCAGUCAAGCUCCCAACGGACUUCGUCGAGUUCGCACUCGCGAUCCCGAGCUCCGGGGACAUACCGCAUUCGGUCCUCGGCGAAAUGUGCUAUAUGUGGAGGCCCUCAUUUCCCACAGCAGUGUGAGCAGCGAGAGGGCAAGUGCUUCAAGUGUGGACUGUCGGGCCAUAUGCGGGACGAGUGUCCGCGUGGUGACGGCCGGGCCUUGGCACUGGCGACGGCCUUGUCUUUCUCCAGGACAGGGCUUGCAGGAAAGAAUCAAGAGGAGGAAUUGGAGAGGAAGUUGGAGAAGAAGCUUGGUGGAGAAGAAGGCUUGGAGUUAAGCGACUACUUAUUCUUCUUCAUUAGCUCAAGAGAGGGGAGCUUUUGA